AGCUCAGACACGUGACUCUGCUAUUCCCAGUAUAGAGCUGACUGUGCGACGUGCUGUAAAGGAAGUGAUCAGUGACGUCAUGGUGAAAUUUGCACUACAGCUCAAGGCCAAUCUUGAGAACAUCACCCAGCUUCAUCCAGUAGGAGAUGACUUCCGCUGGUUUCUGAAGCUGAAGUGUGGGAACUGUGCAGAGGUGUCAGACAAAUGGCAAUACAUAACACUAAUGGACAGUACCCCUCUGAAAGGAGGCAGAGGUAGUGCCAGCAUGGUACAGAAGUGUAAGCUGUGCUCCCGGGAAAACUCUAUAGAUAUACUGAGCACUUCCAUGCAGCCGUACAAUGCUGAAGACAACGAAAAAUUUAAGACUAUAGUGGAGUUCGAGUGUCGAGGACUGGAACCUAUAGACUUUCAGCCACAGGCAGGCUUUGCUGCUGAAGGUGCAGAGACUGGAACACCCUUCAAUGAAAUUAACUUGCAAGAAAAGGACUGGACAGAUUAUGAUGAAAAGGCCAAAGAAUCUGUGGGGAUCUAUGAGGUGACACAUCAAUUUAAAAAAUGUUGAAUGAAAUCAGAAUAUUUGUAUGUUAAUGUUUACAGCGUGGUCUGCCACACGUGGAAAUAUCUGAGAUAUAAUACCAGACCAUGUGCCACAGACAGGGAACAAUGACUUGCCAGUACAGAUCUUUCACUUUCCAUCCUACAAGGCUCCAGUACAAUCUGAAAGGUCACAUGAUUCCAAACAGCGGAAUGAAGCUGCGGGAUCUCCCACUUGUGUAUGCGUGGUUAAAUGUUAUCAAUAAGUUACAAAGGUUUUCUUGGAUACCCUAAUGCCAGACCAUUGAUUUCAAUAAAAAUCUUCCCAUAUUAU